AUGUCUUCAUCCGCGACCGUCGCACCCACUGUAGCGCCUUUGAAUCAGCUUCCACCGAUCUUCGCUCAGUUGCUUGAAGCGAAGGCACGCAAGGGCGCGACCUUCGCUGACAUCGGCAAGGCUAUCGGCAAGGACGAAGUAUGGGUCGCGGCACUCUUUUAUGGCCAGGCAAAGGGCUCUGACGAAGAGCUUUCUGGCAUCGCGAAGGCGCUCGACAUCCCACCUCAAGCCGUGACAAAUGAGAUCGGAGCCCACUGGGUGCCGCAGCGCGGGCUGGGAACCACUCCGCCGAGUGACCCUGUCGUAUACCGUUUGUACGAAGGCAUCAUGGUGUAUGGACAGCCGAUCAAGGCCUUGAUUCACGAGAAGUUUGGUGAUGGAAUCAUGUCUAUGAUAGACUGCAGGGUGCACGUCGAGAAGAAGCCUGACCCGAAGGGCGACCGUGUCAUCCUCACUUUCGACGGAAAGUUCCUCCCUUACAUCAAGUGGUGA